CCGUGCCGCGCUGGGCGCCGCCGCAGCGGCAGCAUGCGGCCCCCGGCCGGGCCCCGCCGCCCCCCGCCGCUGCUCCUCGUCCUCCUCACGAACUUUGUGGUGUCUUUUGGAAAGGAGACAUUACAGACAACGGCAGUUACUCCACAGUUUCAGAAGAAUAUGGAUUAUGUAGAUUUUAUCUAUUUAAACAUUUUAGAAAAGAAAGUUCUUAACAAUUCUGAGGUUUCAGUUCAGUAUUUAUGUUCUAAGCCUUGUAUUGUCAAUUUAGAAGCAGUAGCUUCCUCCGAGUUCAGGACUGGUGUACCAGUGUAUAGAAGGAGAUGGAAGGAUGAGAAGAACCUUUAUGUUAGCAGAACUCGACAAGUACACUUGAAAUUUCCAAGCAUCAUGGUUUACAGAGAUGAUUAUAUCAUCAGAAACUCAAUAAUAGUGCACAGUGUGAUACUCUAUGCAUGGAUUAGCCACAAAUCAGCUAGCAACUAUGAUGAUGAACAGAAUGAAGACUACCAGGCUGCGGUUGCCAAGAACUACACAUUUUUAGAGGCAGUUCCACCUUUUGAACGGCCAUAUAAGGACCACAAAGUUUGUCUUCAGUGGGGUGCUGACUAUUUGUGGAUGCUCCAGGCCAAUAGGAUACCUCAGUGCCCUCAUGAAAGUGAUGGUGUGCAGGUUCUCGAAUUUAUAUAUGCUUCCAGUGGAGAAAAAACAGGAAUUGUGAAGAAAUUUGAACAGUUUGAAAACAGAGAACUUGAGACAGUCAGACAACAUCAGAUUGAUUAUCCCAUGUUCACCAUUUCAAUCUGGCUAUAUCUACUCCAUCACUGUGAAAAGGACCUCUGUGGUAUACUCUAUUUUAUUGAUUCAAAAGAAAUGUAUGGUACUCCUGCUGUAUUUCUAAAUGAAGAAGGUUAUGUGCAUAUUCAGAUGCAUCUCGUGAGAGGGGAUGACCUUGCAGUGAAAACUAGCUUCAGCCUUCCUCUGAAGCAGUGGUUUCGACUGGAUCUCUCUUUUAAGGGUGGACAGAUAGAAGUAAGCAGUGUUGGGAAGAAUUUGAAAAGACAUCAUCAUCAAUCUUUUACUUUUAGGGAAGAUUUCUAUUAUGAUGACACUGCUGGAUACUUUGUUCUGGGAGGCAGUGGGUACGUAAAUGGUAUUGAAGCAUUCUUUGGCCCUGUGAAAUACUAUCGCCUCAAUGUGUUGGAAACAGAACAGAUUUCUAAUCCUCUUCAUGACAAAGACACAGUGGAACAAAUUGAACUUUACUACGAGAGAUGUAUGGACAUUCAAGAAAUAGUUUAUGAUUACAGAUAUAUUGUAAGGCAAGGUGAAAAAGCACACAGAAGUUAUUACUGUGAAAACUAUUAUUUGGAGCUGAUUCACAAAUAUGGAGAAAAAUCUAAAUGUGAUGCUUUCACGUGGGGAAAAGAGCUCAGGGAAAAGUACCACACUUUGUUCAAACUGUUACAAGAGAUGGAUUUCAGUAGUCCAGAUGUGUUAGAAGAUGGAAGUGAUACAGUUGUAGAAGUUGGCCGGAGGAUAUUUGAGAAGGUUGUGAAAGGUCUGUCCAGUGCCAAUGGCCUCAGCAAUUUGGGCUCCUCUGUCCCUCUCCUGGUGGAUUCCAGCUGUUGUGGAUACCAUAAGGCUUCCUAUUUCCUUGCAGUUAUAUUUGAAACAGGGCUUGGUGUGCCUGUGGAUCAUAUAAAGGGACUGCUGUAUAGUUUGGUUGGUGCUCAGGGGAACGAGAGACUUUCUGUGAUGAACCUUGGUUAUAAACAUUACCAAGGGAUUAAUAACUAUCCACUUGAUUUGGAGCUGUCAUAUGCUUAUUACAGCAAUAUUGCAAUAAAGACAUCCUUGGAUCAACACAAUAUAAAAGGGGAACAGGCAUUUGUUGAAACUAUAAGACUGAUGGAUGAUGAACUGCUAAAAGCUCAAACAAAAGAAAAUGGUGAUGUCUUUAUGUGGUUAAAACAUGAAGCAACAAGAGGAAAUGCAGCUGCACAGCAACGUUUGGCUCAGAUGCUGUUUUGGGGCCAACAAGGAGUGGCAAAAAAUCCUGAAGCUGCAAUAGAAUGGUAUGCAAAGGGUGCAAUAGAAACAGAAGAUCCAGUGUUGAUAUAUGAUUAUGCCAUUGUGUUGUUUAAGGGUCAAGGUGUGAAAAAGAAUAUAAAACUCGCAUUGGAAUUGAUGAAGAAAGCAGCAGCCAAGGGCUUGCCCCAGGCAGUGAAUGGAUUAGGAUGGUACUACCACAAUUUUAAAAGAGACUACAGAAAUGCAGCUAAACACUGGUUAAUUGCUGAAGAAUUGGGAAAUCCAGAUGCAUCAUACAACCUUGGUGUCCUAUAUUUAGAUGGGAUUUACCCUGGAGUACCUGGUAGAAAUCAAACAGUUGCUGCACACUAUUUCUAUAAAGCAGCCCAAGGAGGACAUAUAGAAGGGACUUUACGAUGCUCUCUAUAUUACAUCACAGGAAAUAUGGAAGACUUCCCUAGAGAUCCAGAAAAGGCUGUAAUCUGGGCAAAACACAUUGCAGAGAAGAAUGGCUACUUAGGUCAUGUAAUCAGAAAAGCUCUCAAUGCUUAUCUGGAACUUUCAUGGCAUGAAGCUCUGCUACAUUACAUUUUAGCAGCUGAAACUGGGAUUGAAGUGUCACAGUCAAAUUUAGCACACAUCUGUGAAGAAAGACCAGACCUAGCAAGAAGAUACCUAGCAACUGAUUGUGUCUGGAGAUACUACAAUUUCUCUGUUUCUCAAGUCAAUGCUCCAUCAUUUGCUUAUUUGAAGAUGGGAGAUUUCUACUACUAUGGCUACCAGAACCAGUCUAAAGACCUUGAGCUCUCCAUGCGGAUGUACGCCCAGGCGGCCUUGGAGGGUGAUUCACAGGGUUUCUUCAAUUUGGCCCUUGUCAUGGAAGAGGGCAACUCCAUACCUUCCUACAUUCUGGAUCACUUGGAAAUUGAUCAAGCAUUGCAUUCUAGUAAUACAUCACUUCUUCAAGAACUCUAUUACAGGUGCUGGAAUAGUAGUAACCAAGAAUCAAUUAGUCCAUGUUCAUUAGCAUUGCUUUAUUUUUACAUGAGAGUUCUCUGGAACAAUGUUUUACAUUCUACUCUGAUCUACUUCAUGGGAACCUUUAUUUUAUCGAUUCUUGUUGCAUUUGCAGUGCAGUCUUUUCAGUCUUUAUCUGGGAAUGACAGUGAGGAUGCUACCAGAGCAGUACCACAGGAAGAACCUACUCUUUCAAAUGAUUUAUCACAGCAGGAGUCAAACCCUCAGAGUCCUCUUGUCACCAGCUGAAGUGGAGUUUUCUUAAGGUUGAUGUCCACUGGGAAGACAGGAUAUGAACAACUACGAAUCUAAGAACUGGCAACCAACCCUGUACAUGGCAUUAAUAAUGCAGUCCAACAGCUGAAGUUGUAGGGAAGUUUACUGAUCUGACUUCUCCAAUGUAGAGGAAAACCAUCCCUAUAAUUUAUUUAACUCCUAACAGAUGAUGCAGAUUAUCUCAGUGUACCCAACACACGGCUAUACUGUAUAUUAUGGAAGGACCUGGAAGGAAACCUACAAGGUCUUUGCCUAAUUGAAAAAUAAGCAAACAUCCCACAGGUUUUCAUGAAGUUUUACUUACAUGUCUAAUUUCUUAUUAAAUUGCUUUUACUGCAUUUGAGCUUAUUUAUUGUUGAAAUUAGCAAAGUUUUCCAAGUCUGAAUCAUGGAAAUAAAAUAAAAGCGAAACCCAGUCACCAGUACUUUACAAGUUCUAUGGAAACAAGUCAGGAUUUCAGUACAUGCAAUAGUAACAAUGAUAUUUUUGGCAUUUUAUAUUCCAUGCUGAUUUUUCAAUGUGAAAGUGUUUUGUUUUGAAAGGAAACACACCAGGAAUAUUUGCAAUUUGGUCAUAACAUACUAGUUAUGAUUGCUAAGUUUUAGUCAAAGUUUUACAAGCAUCCACAUUUCCUGGUGGACAUGACAAAAUGUUUCUCUUCCUGCCAAGAGACACUGAUUAGAGAAAGGAAGUCCCUAAUGAGUAGAUAAAAGAAUAUUUAAGUGUGAUCAGGUAACACAAAGUGAAUAAAAAAUUAUUUUUGUAUUCUUCUGUAGAUAACACUGGCAAGGAUUUAUUUCAUGUUCUAUAGUGAUUCUAAAAGACACAUAUUUAAAUUACAGUUUAUUUGAUAAAUGUUGAAUGCGACAUAUGGAUAACAUAUAUGGAGUGCAAAUACCUUCUGAUUUAAAGCUGUCUGUAAAGUGGCUGUAGGAAGGGUCUAAUUGUUACAGCAGGUGUGCAGUUACCUCUGCACAAUGAUGUAGAUCACAGACUAUAAAUUGCAUCAAUCUAUGCAUUAUUGAGGGUUAAAUCCACUUGCCUUGCACUACAUUAUUUACUCUUGUAAAUAAAAAUAUUUUUUUAUUUCAGCCUG